CAUUCUUCUUCUUCCCGAAAGCCCCAAGCUGCCGACUCCUAUACUUGAAGAGAAACCGAUAAGAGCUUGAAGCUUUCCCCUUUCUUUUCUUGUUGGAGAAUGAAAAUUGAACCCAAAAUUCUUUCCUCCCCUCUGCAGAAUCUGGAUCUGCUCUGCUCUGCUACUUCCGGCUGCUGCUCUGCUGUGUGGGGGUGCGAAUUUCUCGGGUUUUUCUGAUUGCGUGAAUUUCCCCCUGCACUUUCCGCCGGCUCUUCCCCAACUGCAGCUCCGAUUUUGCUUGUUAAAUUUCGGUAUGUGACAGCCCUCCAACCCCGAAUUUGUCCGUUAAUUUUCUGCCUUGAAUCUUGAAUUUUCUGCCUUUGAUUUGCCCUUGUAGAGAAAUUAGCUUAAUUAGUUGCUGUGAUUUUUGGAGAAAAAUCCCGUGAAUUAACUAGUGUUUUGGCUGAUUUUUGGAAGUGCAGUUACUGUUCAUGCGUGAUCACUGUUUACAGAUUACUGUUUACACACCGAGGGUCAACAAUUAACGGGGAUUUAAAUGAUUAGUUUGUGAUAUAAGAACGAAUUUGGAGAUAUCUGAUCAUGUGGAGAUUAAUAGAAAUAGCAUCGUGAUUAGGGGUGAUCUUAAUGAAGAUUUCACUUUGAAUUUGUGAUAAUACGGUAUUAAUUCUUGAAUAUUUUAAUUAGGUUCUUGAUCAUUGGUUGCCCUAGAACUUGGAUUGAGUCCUCAGUUUAUGGAGUGAAUUUUCUAUGUUAUGCGAUUUAAGUUAUGUUAUUAAUGAUCCUGCUAGUGGGGGGUUAAACGCUAGCACAUGUCGACAUGUUGAUAAAACCGGUUCGUUCAAGUGUAGCCUACCAGUGGGAGGUUUAUAACACUGGUCAUGACCUAUAGAGGAGAUGUCUAUUUCGUUUCCAUACCCAUAUCUAUUUUUCGUGAUUGCACUUGUUGGCAUGCUAUAAGUUUAAUUAAGGGCACUCCAUAUUUUACUUACUAAGUUAUCUCAUAGUUUUUCUUUGUUCACCAUUUCAGGAAGUGAAGUCAAGGACGGGGAAAAACAAGGGAGUGACGAGUUAGAGGGCUAGCUAUCUUGUAAAUUGAACAUAGAUUUUAGAUAUAAUCAUGAUCUUGUAAGUUAGACUGUAUUUGGAGAUUUUAUGAUAUUAAAGCAAAUUUAAAAUU